UCUCCACUGGGCGAGCUGACGAGGCUGCGUGCCAGCUCUUAGCCCCGCGAGGCCUUGCCUCAUCCAGCUGCUGCUUCUUCUUCUUCUCCCCCACCCCCAACCUUGGCCGAGGCCCUUGGCAGCCCCGUGCGGGGAGUUCGGAGUGCUGCGAGCGCUGCUGGGAGCCAAGAAGAUCCCGACCCUGGCCUCGGACAGUCCUGUACUCCUGCCCGGGCGGGACACCUGCAGCGGCCUGGACCCCGACCAAGACCCCUGGGCCGGCAGAGCCUCACAGAGCCUCGCGGACACACCCCCUCCCGGUCGGCGCCUCCGCCCAUCCCGUCCUCCGUCCUCUGUGUUCCCUGCUAGCCCAGCGCGUGGUUCUCUUUCCGAUCUUGCACCCUAGAGAUCCUCAUGGGAGGGGGCACAUCUUGAUUGGAGAAGAGGGCGGGUUUGCAGACUUUUGGGUUCCAUAUUCACAAGGACAUUUACGUAGGGGUCCCUCGGAAGCGUCCCUGGGCCCUUACUUGGAGCUAGACCUGUUGGCCCUGGUUGGAUCAUGGCUACAGUCCUGGACCCUCAGGUGGACGUGGAAGUUGAGGAGUGCCUCAUAAUGAAAGUGGAAAAGGACUCUGAGUGGGCAUCGGAGCCCAUUCUGGACCCAUCAGGCAGCACUGAAUGUGAAUCCUUUCGUAAAUGCUUCAGGCAGUUCUGUUACGAGGAUGUGACGGGACCCCAUGAAGCUUUCAGUCAACUCUGGGAACUCUGCUGCCGGUGGUUGAAGCCAGAAAUGCGUUCCAAGGAGCAGAUCCUCGAGCAGCUGGUAAUUGAACAGUUUCUCACCAUUCUGCCCAAGAAGAUUCAGGCUUGGGCGCAGAAGCAGUGUCCAGAAAGUGGAGAGGAGGCGGUGGCCCUAGUCGUUCAUUUGGAGAAAGAGACCAGAAGACUGAGAAAGCAGGUCAAUAGUCCCCUACACUCAGAGAAGCAAGCCCCACCUGGAACUAUGUGGGAAGUAGCCAACUUUGAACCAGAGCAACUGGAGACCCAGCAUAGGGUUGUUUCUCAGGAAGAAGCUGAAAGCCUCCUCUCAGGAUACCAGGAACAACUGAACCAAAACCGAGAGCGUAGGCCAUUACCUAAGAAUGCUCACUCUUCUCUCUGGGUUCCUGUCACUAGUGAAGAGUGGAACACUGUAGAUCAGGAGGUGACAACCCAGGAACCAGUGAAAGAUGUCCACACAGUGAGAAGCUUUUCCUACAAAAAGAGUGUGCAUCAGAUUCCUACUCACAGAGAUCUCUACCACGAAAUCAGGAAAGAAAGUGCAGAGAGCAUGGUUUCCCUGGGAGGCACUGUGUCUACAUCUAACAAGAUAGCCCAGUUGGAGCAAAGAAAGGAGCCGUGGACUGUAGGUCUUCAUUCCUCAAAUAAGAGGAAUAGUGUCCUGAGAAGCAACUGCAUUAAAGAGAAAUCUGUGCGUGCUGUUCAGACCCCAGCAAGAAAUUCAGGGAAAGUGUGGCGAGAGCAGCAGCAGUGGGGUUUAGAAGAUGAAAAAAUUGCAGGUGUGCACUGGAGCUAUGAGGAAACCAAGACUUUUCUUGCAAUUCUCAAGGAAUCUCGCUUUUAUGAAACACUCCAGGCUUGUCCCCGAAAUAGUCAGGUAUAUGGUGCUGUGGCUGAAUGGUUGCGAGAAUGUGGCUUCCUCCGAACACCAGAGCAGUGCCGGACCAAGUUCAAAAGUCUUCAGAAAAGUUAUCGAAAAGUGAGAAAUGGCCACAUGCUAGAACCCUGUGCCUUCUUUGAGGACAUGGAUGCCUUGUUAAACCCUACAGCCCAUACUUCAUCUACUGAUAAGCCAAAGGCUGUGAUCUCUCUCCCUAGACUAAGGAGAAUUGGUAUUAGUGCUAACGAACAGGUCAGUUUGGUGGAAGAGGAGGAUGAAGGUGCUGAAGACUCGGAUGGUGAUGAAAUGGGCAUUGAGUUAAUACGCAAGUCUGAAGUGCGUGCUGCCCCUGUUUUGUUUCAAAACCUAAGUGGUGUGCAUUGGGGCUAUGAAGAAACCAAGACCUUUCUUGAUAUCCUUCGUGAGACUCGAUUUUAUGAAGCAUUACAAGCCUGUCAUCGGAAGAGCAAAUUGUAUGGAGUCGUGGCUGAGCAACUUCGAGAGUGUGGCUUUCUCCGGACACCAGAGCAAUGCCGAACCAAGUUCAAAAGCCUUCAGAAGAGUUACCGAAAAGUGAAGAAUGGCCAUGUACUGGAGUCCUGUGCAUUUUACAAGGAGAUGGAUGCCCUCAUUAACUGCCGUGCAUCUACCCUUUCCACCAAUACCUCAGAAGAAAUUCCAUCACUCUCAAGGCAAGAAAGAGGACAUAUUGUAGUUGAACCCCAAGAGCCUACAAUCUGGGAACCUGAGGAGACCUCACAGGAAGCAGUUUUAGAAGAUUCUGGUACUGAGAGAAUGAGUGAUGAGGAAAUUAUAGAAGAGCCAGAAUUCCAAGAACCUACAGGGCUACCCCAAAGCCCAGCUGAUUUUGAAAUUGAAAAUAGUAUUAAGGAGGACCCAACACAGGUAAUAUUUAAGGACAAACAGCCCAAUGGAGCAUUAAUAGAAAAGUCUAAGAGAUUUGUUUCACAGAAUACCAACCCCAGUAAAUACUAUAAAAGGGAAUGCAUCUCAGGAAGACAGUGGGGAAACCUUCAAGGAAUUAGACAGGGAAAACUGAUGUCUCAACCUAGAGAUACAGGGAAGGCUACAGUGCAUCAGAGGCCUUUCAUGGGGAGAAGACCAUACAGGCUUCUCAAAUAUGGAGAAAACUUUGGAAGGAGUGCCCGUCUUGUGUGCAGGAUGACCCACCAGAAAGAGAACCCUUUCAAGUGUGGUGUCUGUGGGAAGUGCUUUGGUAGAAGCAGGAGCCUAAUCAGACACCAAAGAAUCCACACGGGGGAAAAGCCUUUCAAAUGUCUUGAUUGUGGGAAAAGCUUUAAUGAUUCUUCAAAUUUUGGAGCCCACCAGAGAAUUCACACUGGAGAGAAGCCGUACAGAUGCGGGGAGUGUGGGAAAUGCUUCAGUCAGAGCUCAAGCCUUAUCAUCCAUCAGAGAACCCACACUGGUGAGAAGCCCUAUCAGUGCGCAGAGUGUGGGAAAAGCUUCACCAACAGUUCUCACUUCAGUGCCCACCGCAGAGUCCAUACUGGAGAGAAUCCCUACAAAUGUGGGGACUGUGAGAAGAGCUUCAAUAACUGUGCAAGGCUUCGAGAACACCGGCAAAUCCACACUGGAGUGAAACCCUACACCUGUGCCCAGUGUGGCAAGCAUUUCAGUAAAAGCUCUUUCCUCACCAAACACCGGGAAGUCCACAUGAGAGAAAAGCUACUGCCAUACUCUUCCUCUGGGUACUCACCAGAAAAUGUACUAAGGGGGAAGAGUGAUGAGUUCAGGAAGGCCUUUUGACAAUGAGCUUCUUUUCCACAUGCCCUGUCAGUCAUCUUAUCCUAGUCCCACCCUAAGAAGCAAUCUUUCCUAUCUGUAAAUUGUGGUCCCAAGACAGGCCUGAGAAUAUAAGUAAGCUAGAUUUUUCAUCUGUUCUCACUUCUUGUUCUAACAUGCUCAGUCUGCCUCUCUCCUAUGAGCCUUGACUAUUCCAGUAAAGUGAGAUAAUAAGGGUUUUUUUUUUUAGUUCAGAAUAAAAUUCCCAUUAGAAUGUUAAGGCUAAAGCUAUUGUCCAGCAACUUUCAAAACUUUCACACGUGGGUGAGAGUUCUUUUCAAAUUUAUGAAUAGUGAAAGUUUUAUAGUGUUAUCACCCAUAUGAGACUUUGGCAGCAACUUGACAAUGGAUUUUUAUAUGUGGGUAGAACUCAGAGGUUUGACCAGAUCUAUCUUUGCUUUGAGGGUAUAAAAUGAGAGUAAAAGUUUUAUAGCUUUCUUUAAACGUCUUUAUCAAAGAGUUGAUCCUAAUUCCCUGUGUUGCUAAUGGAGCGGUGUUGCUAAUACCUUAUCCUCCACCAAGAGAAGCACUUAUUUACUCUUCAUCUCCCUUUCUGUUCCUGAAGACUUAACUCCAGUGGCUGCUCCUUCUCCAGGGACAAGUGAUCCUUCUGGUGUUCAUCACAAAUCUAUACUUACCUCUUCAUUGUUCUAGGUGCUCUAGUCUAUUUUUUCUAGACUACCUUGACCCACUCAGAUGGGAGAGGAUGCAUAUUAGUGCUGUCUCAUUAAGAGAAAAUCAGAUUUCAAAGUCUAGUUCUACCCCAUCACAUCUCUGACUCUUAACCUAAAAUAAGACCUACUGAUAUGUUGGCAUAUUUCGAACUGCCUAGCUCUAUAUGUCAGUGUAAUAUAAUAGUAUUUCUAAAAGUAUAACAUGGUAAGGAAGAAGGAUAUGAGACCUGAAACACUUAGUGGACUCUUUAGGCCUGCUUUAGAUCAAAGAGCUACCUCAGUCCAGACUACAUUUCCAGGGUUGACUGUUACACAUACUAGCCUCUGGUUCUGAAGCUUCUAGUUCCUGUUUGUAGGAUCUAUAGAGCCCUAAAUAAUUACACAGCUCUAUGGUUCACUCAGUGAAAGUAGAAGUAUUUAUAAACUUCCACUCUAGAGUACCACCUUAUUUUCCCCAUUUACCUGUUCAUCUAGGGGGAAAAUGUCUUUGAUAAUCCCCAGGUAUUAGCCAGGUAAAUAUUGUCAGAAAGUUUCUGGUGGAUAAAUAGUUAACUUGUGUAGAAUUACAGAUGAAAUUCAGGAAUUUUAUCUUCCCAAACCAGUUACUUGAAGAUGAGGCCUGUGCAUUCAUACCUUUAAUACAUAGGUAACCAAAUGUAGCUUUUGCUUUGGGGAGGAAGAAGUCCCAAGUAUAGUGAAAAGAAAACUAUAGUCAGGGCUCUUACUAGGUUGUUCUCCUGUCAGAUGCUCUCUUGUUUGAAAACAUCUAGAGAUGAUAUUUUUAUGUGAAUAUAUUUGAAUCUUUUGAGACCCAUUCAACAAAGUAUCAAAGAGGGUAGACACUAGAAAGAAAAGCACUCUAUGGUGCCAACAUAGAGUGUAGCCUGUUGGAAGGCAGGUGACUCAGGUAAAUGCUGAUAACUGUUUGUGAUGUGUAUUUGUUGGAAAUGUUAUAAUUGUUGACACCUCAGUAGCUUAUUUCCUGUGUAUUGUCUGAAUUAGAGACUUCUAAUGGUACUUUCAGCUUCAUGUUGGUACUGUGCCUAGACCAGUAAGAUUGUGUGGUGCCAGUGGGCUUGUGCUUAUAAUUUUGUAGAUGUUCUGAAAUUCCAGCUCUAGGAAAGAUGCACAUUAGUAUAAAUUGCCACUUAGUAACAUGUACACAGGAUUGAUACUUACAUGGAAGCAUGAUUCAGAAAGUAGAUGACUUGUUCACAAAUACUUAUGUACUGUUAUAUAAAAGACCAUGCUCUAACCAGAGAAAGAGACACAAAAAUGAUGGAAGCCAUGGUGGCUGUACUCCAGCAAGGAAGUGUUGCCGCAGAAGAUAGUCUAGCAAGAAGUUCAUGGUGAUGUGGAAGGUCAGUCACCCCACCUGGAGGAACUGCAAUCACAUCCUGAAGACCUUCUGUAAAUUACAAAUAGAAAACCAGUUUGAACUACACGUUUUGACACAUUUUCCAAGCAACAGGAACUAUCCAAGGUCUGUUCUGUCUCCACCAUGACAAAGUGAUUGUCUCCUUUGUCUAAGAUACAGCUAGGUAGGUUUGGAUUCUCUACCUAUAAUCCUAAUCACAAACAGUCUGUUAGGAUGUGUGUUAAUCUAGUGGGCCUUUUCUCAGUUCUUAAGAAACAGGUCUUCCUAUCUUAGUCCAAGGUGCUUAUGUGUUUCUCUUUUGUCAGUUGACUCGUGAAAGUUAGAAUGAGUGAUGGCAUUCUGAGUAAUACAUCUUUAUCACCUCUGUAAUGAUCCACAGAUCUCAAUACCAAGGACUUCAAGGAGAAAAACAGGUUUUUUUUAAUCUUAGAAACACUGUGAUUUUUAUAACUUGCUAUUUUCUCCCUCAUUGCUCUGGAUGCUGGAAAGCUCAACAGAAGAUUUCACCUCAGCCAACUACAUAUACCUAUUUAUUUUACUCUGUCGUAUUUCUUUGGAGAUUGUCUCAAGUCCUAUUUUUGAACAAUGGUAUAUGUAUAAACAAAUUCUUUAUUCUCUGGCAUUCUGUCAAAGACAUUUUAGAAACUGUAUUUCCUUCCUAGGCUUUCAUUAAUUUUCACAAAUACCUUCCUAAUUCUUACUGAUGAUUUUGUUAUAUAUUCAACCUAAUUCAUUGACCUGGAAAGAAACACAUGUUUUUGUAAAGAAGAAAACUCACACAUGAAAUAGAUCAGAGCAUCCUGCCACCAAGGAAUGUGUAUUAGACCAGAAACCAAAAGAAAAGUUUAGUAUUGUUACCACUUCCUGAAUUUAAUUGGAUAAAUCACAACUUCUCUUUCUUAGUAGUUAAACUUAUUUGCCAAAAUUGCAGGAGUAUUCAUGUUCAUGAAGCAGUGGAGCUUGGUAGAAAUGAAGAAAUAGAAAGGCCAGACUCGUACUUUGACUACCCACUGUAUGUCAGCUCCGGGCCACACUGAGUCCAUCUCAUGCUUUAAGAUGACAGCAAUGCUGGCCCAGCUUGCUUAGUAAGCAAAAAGGACAAGCCACUUGUGUUCAGUAACAGGGAAAUCCUUCCCUCUCCUAUCCCUGAGAGCCAAAGGUGGGUAGAUAGAGUGAAGAAAAUAUCUUGUGUGUUCUGGUGCUCAGUGAGAGUCAAGAUUCAUGGAUUCGGAAAACCCUAGUGGAAGGAGCAGCUGAAUCAUUUGUAUGCUCCACAGCCUCCACCUCCACUUGAAUGAAUUCUAGGACCAAGUGUAAAUGGACAUCUGUCUUCAUUUUGUAUUAAUGUUCACUUAGAUGUCUUCUUGAAAGCUUGUAUGUAAAAUAUCUGCAAUAAAUGUCUACCUUUGGUUUACUAUAA